AUCAACACUGUUACACAGGCCCUGACAUUGACCGUUUGUACGGUGUUCGUCUGGAUCAGAGGAUACCACAAGCUCAGAACCAUUGGCCUCGACUUAGCUGUCGACGACUAUCUGACGCUUGCAUCCUGGAUUUUGAUGACAGGUUACUGUAUCUCUGGAUUCAUCUGUAAGUAAACUUUUUCCACCUUUGAAUCGAUAGUGCUGACCGAAUAAGUGAGUGUCCAUGGCGGAGGUUACCAUAUGUGGGAUAUCUCAAAGGAAACUGCCGAGAAGUUCCUGCAGACUGCAUACGCCGCCACCAUCUUUUACGCACCUAUGACUCUCGCCAUCAAACUGAGCCUCCUCACUCUCAUCGCUCGAAUUUUCUCGCCGUACAAGAAGAUGAUACAAGGCAUAUAUGCUCUCGGAGGGUUGCUUGUCAUAUACUACAUCACCUCUCUCGUCCUAAAGAUACGCGUCUGCUGGCCGAUCGCUGCGUACUGGCAGGGUGACAUGAGUAAGUGCCUGGAUCAAUCGGCAGUAAUACUUGCCGAUUCGAUUAUCUCCACAGUCACAGAUGCUAUCAUGCUGGUCCUACCUCUUCCCUUGACCUGGUCUUUGCAGCUUCCCACAAUAAAGAAGAUUCGCGUUGGAGGCAUGCUUGCAGUCGGUGGCCUUGCGACGGCUUUCAGUGGCUGGAGGCUGAAUUUGAUAUUGACAGAUGGAAAUUCACAAGACACCACCAUCUUGUUCGUCCAAGUAGUAAUGUCAGGUAACGCUGAAGCUGGGAUUGCCUUGAUCUGCACCUGCCUGCCCGCAUUUGUUGCUCAAUUUAACAUCAUGAGAGACCGCGUUGGUUACGGUUCUAGUCGGGAAACAGAAGGCCGAGGUGAUACAUCCGGAGCACAAAAGCUGUCGACCUUCAAGUCUGCGCAUUUGGGAACAGGGAAACCUAAAAAGCAUGGUGGUCGAGAAGUAUUUUCUGACGAAGUCGAGCUUGUGACGCAGGUAAAAUCCUCGUUGGAAACGGAUUCGGCGGGGCUUGGGAGUGGGAUUAGAAGGAAAGUCGAGGUAACUCAUACUUUUACGUAUACCAGCGACUCGGACGACGGAGUCAAACCGCCAGUAUAAGACCAGACUACCAAUCUAAUGUCUUCUCCCAAAUAUCGGCUUUACGAUAUAGACAGAAGUGGUUGUGGGUAGAC